AUGCUCAGAGAAAUACAGCAAGUGCUGCGGUUGGUCAUGCUUUUGGAAAAGCAAAGACAACAGCGUGGUUUAAAGACUGCUGGGGGGCUUUUGGUACUUCUGUGGACUGAAACAGGAGCUUCUGUUCAAAGUCUGAACUGCACUGUUGCAGCUGCUGGUCCCUGGUGCACAGGGAUUAAAAAGGAAGCUCUCCAACCUGUCCUCACAGAUUUGCAGCAGAGCGUGUUUCCCUGUGUGUGUCCUCAGCCUGACCCUGAGGAGCUGUGUGCCUUCACUGACCUGUACGGUUCCCUCAGAUUACUCCUGUCGUUUCAGAUGAAAGAUGCAAGACUUGUCAUGCCAGAGUGGUGUGCUCGUAUAGAAAUGUUCCUUCGCACAUUCAGUUUGACUAAUGCAGGGAUCAAAAUCCACCUGAGGUUCAAAUUCAGUCAGCAGACCUUUCAGCAAGACUUUAGUGUGAAGAUCAAGAGUAAAGUUGCAUGGGCAAACCAACCUUCUCGGAUCUUGGAUGUCACAUGUAGCACACAGCCUCCAGAAUGUGUGAAGAAAGGAUGCUGGUGUCAGGGAGGACACCCUGUCCUUGGAGACAGGUUGCCACUCAGUAUCCCACCUGAAGCCAUGGAGCAGGGCCUGUUUGGAGAGCUCAGUGUCCAACCUGUCACACUUCUGAGCCCCUGUGUCCUGCAGUACCCCAAUCUAGCAACACAACUCACUCACAUACAAGUGUUGGUAUGCAGCCCCAGUAAUGUUCCUGUCACAGGCCCCUCCACCUUCUUCCAGAACCUCGCUGCACAUCUGGACUGUCAGGACCUGGGCCUGCAUGGCCUUCGCUGCUCCUCCUUCAAAGAUCUUGUACACAGUGGUGGCUGCACAUACACAGCAGAGCAAGAAAACAGGGAGGAUGCAGAGCAAGAAUCAAGUCCUCCCCGAAUGCCGCAGAGUCUCCUGCUUUUUCUCUUCCUGCAGCACAGUGACCCAUUCUCCAAUCAGCUCUCGGAUAUUAUGGGCACAGAGGUGUUGAUAGAGCACCACCUGGAGGAUAUUCUGAACAACAACAGGCAGGCAGUCAGAACAGCACUGCACACUGAGCUGAAGAAUACACUGAAAGCCCAAAAUAGGAGAAAAAAGGACCAAGAGAAGCUGCAUUCAGCUGCUGAGGUGAUUCUAAGUUCAUCCCUCGGUAUUGUGAGCUGCAGCAGUAACACGGACUUCAGAAAUGCCUGUCUGAACUGCAUGAAGGUGCGUGACACUCGUGAGUUGUCAGCCUCCCUCCGUGAAUCACUGUGGAGGGUGACAUCAUGGAAAUUCAUUCCCAGGAGUCGGUGCUACACCACUCAGAUGGAAGAACAUCAUGAGAGUGAUGAGCCCACCAGAACAGAAAUCUGAGAGUGCCUGAGUUUGUCUGAAAGUGUAAUGUCCUGGU